GCUCCCGGCGCAGGCGCAGUCCCGCGCUCCCUCGGCGGCACCCAACGCAGAGCGCCCGCCGCCGCGGGGUGUAGCGGCGUUGGCCCGCCUUCCCUCUCGGCUUCUUGUUGCCUCCCGGCGCGCUCCCUGCAGCUCUGCGAACGCCCCUGAGCACGGGCAGCGGCCGCCGUGGGUUCGUCAGGUUAUCUUAUGAUGAGGCUUUUGCUAUGGCUAAUGACCCCUUGGAAGGCUUCCAUGAAGUAAACCUUGCUUCACCUACUUCACCAGACCUUCUUAGUGUGUAUGAAUCAGGAACUCAGGAGCAGACUACCUCACCAAGUGUCAUCUACCGGCCACAUCCUUCAGCUUUAUGCUCUUCUAUCCAGGCUAAUGCAUUGGAUGUUUCUGAUCUUCCUACACAACCUGUAUAUUCAUCCCCCAGACGUUUAAAUUGUGCAGAAGUAUCUGGUAUCAGCAUUCAUGUUACAGACCCAGCAUCUUCUGUUACCUCUGGAGCUGCAGCUGAGUUCACUAAAUUAACUACAAGGAAGGACAACUGUAAUGCAGAGAGAGAGUUUUUACAGGGAGCUACUAUCACAGAGGCUUGUGCUGGCAGCGAUGAUAUUUUUGGGUUGAGUACAGAUAGUCUGUCCCGUUUACGAAGCCCAUCUGUUCUUGAAGUUAGAGAAAAGGGCUAUGAAAGAUUAAAAGAAGAACUUGCAAAAGCUCAGAGGGAACUGAAGUUGAAAGAUGAAGAAUGUGAAAGGCUUUCAAAAGUGCGAGAUCAACUUGGACAGGAAUUGGAAGAACUCACAGCUAGUCUGUUUGAGGAAGCUCACAAGAUGGUGAGAGAAGCAAAUGUCAAGCAGGCAACAGCAGAAAAACAGCUGAAAGAAGCACAAGGGAAAAUUGAUGUACUUCAAGCAGAAGUAGCUGCGUUGAAGACACUCGUGUUGUCCAGUUCUCCAACGUCACCCACACAAGAGCCUCUGCCAGGUGGAAAGACACCUUUUAAAAAGGGGCAUACAAGAAAUAAAAGUACAAGCAGUGCUAUGAGUGGCAGUCAUCAGGACCUCAGUGUGAUACAGCCAAUUGUAAAAGACUGCAAAGAGGCUGAUUUAUCUCUGUAUAACGAAUUCAGAUCUUGGAAGGAUGAGCCCACAAUGGACAGAACAUGUCCUUUCUUAGACAAAAUCUAUCAGGAAGAUAUCUUUCCAUGUUUAACAUUCUCAAAAAGUGAGUUGGCUUCAGCUGUUCUGGAGGCUGUGGAAAACAAUACUCUAAGCAUUGAACCAGUGGGAUUACAACCUAUUCGAUUUGUGAAAGCUUCUGCUGUGGAAUGUGGAGGACCAAAAAAAUGUGCUCUCACUGGCCAGAGUAAGUCUUGUAAACACAGAAUUAAGCUAGGGGACUCAAGCAACUAUUAUUACAUUUCUCCUUUUUGCAGAUAUAGGAUCACUUCUGUAUGUAAUUUUUUCACAUACAUUCGAUAUAUUCAGCAGGGACUCGUGAAACAGCAGGAUGUUGAUCAGAUGUUUUGGGAAAUUAUGCAGUUGAGAAAAGAGAUGUCAUUGGCAAAGCUGGGAUAUUUCAAAGAGGAACUCUAAUGCUCUGCGUGGGACCAUGCAUGAACCUCCCGGAAUAUCUGAAAAAUGGCUGAAUAUUUUUAUGGUUAUUUGAUAUUUAUUUCUAAGGAGUGGGCCCAAGACUUUUUCCCCUUAUUGCAGAUUACACCAAGAAGUACUGUGAUUUCUUUUUAACUGACCUAUGCUGUUUCUGCUUAUUCUUUAGUUGAACACACUAUAAAGAAUUGCAGGUGUACUAGUGAUUGUAAUUUAUAGCUGCAAAAAAAAAAAAACAAUAAAUAAAUAUUAGAUUGAA